GUAUUUUCAAACUAGUUUCAAUCUAACUGUACCUCACAUACAAACUAAGCUAAAAUUAGCAUUUCAUUUUCAGCAUUACGUUUGGUUUCUCAUUCUUACUUACACACCGAAGUCCAAAAGUAAAACAAAACAAAAAAAAACGUACAAGACACCACCAGGCACCAUAUAUAUACUUGAUAGAUACCAUAUGUCUUAUAUGCACAUACCCUCUCUCUUUCUCUCUCACGCUCUGACUCUCCCAAAGGCUACAAUGGCAACCCGUGGAUCUGUCCGUCCUGCGUCACCGAUGAGCAAGCAAGACACGGCCACCUUCUCGGACAAGAUACCGUCGACCAAACAAAGGUUCUCUUCUCAGACACCAGCUUGUCCUUCCUUUAGAAUCUACUACUACGAUGGAGCCGCCGGUUCCAUCCCUUUCGAAUGGGAGUCCCAUCCCGGAACUCCCAAGCACAAGCACCCUUCCUCCGAGCUACCUCCGCGGCCUCUCACCCCUCCGCCGUGUCAUUUGUCCUUAUCCAGCGACCAAAUUCGUCGUGGUUCAAAAAAACCCAUCAAGAAAAUCCUUGCACUGAUCCACACCAGACUCUUGUGGUUAUCAGCAGGUGGUCACAAGAAGAAUAAAAAGGUCAUGAAGCUGUCGUCACCCUCUCUGUCGGAGAGGGCGCUGAUCGAUGAGAGUGAGUACCAAUUGUUCAAGUGUCCGACAAAAGGCAAGGUCAUGAGAAGAUUUUCAUCCUUUGACUCUUCUACUGAUCACUACCCCAUUCGCAGAUCACAACCCACCUCUAGCUCCAGAAUUCGCGGAUGUUUCACCUGGUAAUUAAUAUAUUAAUUACAUCAUAAAAUCUGGAAAAAUAAAACUUGGAAACUUUUUAUAAAUCGUGUGUUUCCUAAUAUAUUUGUAAUCUUCCCAUCGUCUUUAUUAUACUUAAUCAACCGUGUCGGUAAAAAGAUAAUGCUCCAAAUAGUAUCAUGCUAUUACUUUUUGUCAUUGUCUAGUAACAGAGUGAACAGACGCAACUGAUCAAAAGAUUACAAGAGUCGCAUACUCCCAUUUCAUUAGGCUUACUAUAUUUUUGAAACUUUGAUGAUAUUUUGUUGUCAGUGUAAUCUUAACAUGCUUCCGUGUGAUUGUGAGUUUGAACAACCCUUUAUCUUAAUUUGUGUUGAAUUAAGCCGUCGUCGUCUUUCAAGCAAUUAAUGACAACACCUGCAAUGGGAUUUGGUGGUUCCAUUGAUAUGUUAUUCUUUCCAAU